GAAGAGGGCAAGAUUGAAGAAUAGAAAGCAAAGGGGUCAGAAAAGAAUAAUACAAAAGUUUGAGGGUUAAACCCAUAAAAUAAAAAGAGAAGAAAGCAGAGUCCCGCAUCCGUUGCCUUCUGCAACUGGAACAAAAACACACGCCACGAUGAAUGAAUGAUUUAGAAAUCUCUGUGUAAAGAUUUGAAAUUCGAUGAAGAGCGUACCUAACUGGGCUUUGUCUUUCUUCUCCGACGAACUUUCCCGGCUAGCUGUUUCUGAUGGUUAUAUCUGUGCCACCGCGAUUUCGCUUCUCGUAAUCCUUCUCUUUCAUAUCUUCCUUUCCAGUAAAUUUCGCUUCUUCAGUUCUGCUUCUACUUCUUCCCCUACCGACCCAGUUUCUCAUGCCGUGAACUCUCAAUCAAGGAUAUCCAGAGUAGUCUCUGAUGAAGAUUUGAAAUUUCUUAUUGAUAAUUUGGAGGAAAGAAAUGAGUCUGAUGAGAUAUGGGAAGAUGUUAUUCACAGAAGCAACGAUCGCAUUUCAUACACUGCUAAACGCUGCAAACCCAAAGAUGGUGGUCCUAUGAAAUACCUAAGUGUCACAGUCUUUGAGGAUUGCUCUGCAGAGAUUUUGAGGGACUUUUACAUGGACAAUGAUUAUAGGAAACAAUGGGACAAGACUAUGGUUGAUCAUGAGCAGUUGCAGGUUGACAGUUAUAGCGGAAUUGAGAUUGGUCGCACGAUUAAAAAGUUUCCCUUGUUGACAUCAAGAGAGUAUGUACUAGCUUGGAGAUUGUGGGAAGGAAAGGAUAAGUUCUACUGUUUCACAAAGGAAUGUGAUCACAAUAUGGUACCACAACAGAGGAAGUACGUACGUGUAAGCUAUUUUAGAUCUGGUUGGCGAAUCAGGAAAGUUCCCGGUAGAAAUGCUUGUGAGAUCAAAAUGUUUCAUCAGGAGAAUGCUGGUUUAAAUGUUGAGAUGGCGAAGCUCGCCUUCUCAAAAGGCAUAUGGGGUUAUGUUUGUAAGAUGGAAAACGCACUGUGCAAAUACAUGGCAACCAGUCAUGGAACCCAAGGGUCCAUCUUAUCUGCCGUGACCUUAAUAAAAAAGGUUCCAUCAGAGUUAGAAACUCAGACAGAUGAUGUCACAGUCUCGAUGGCAACAAUAAGUGGUGAAGGACUGUUGACUCAUGUUGUAGCCAAACAAAGGAAGACAUUGAGAAAACCAUCAAAGAAACUGAUAGCAAAAGGCCUGGUACUCGUGGGAGGUGCAAUCUGCUUGUCCCGUGGUCACUCCGCCUUAAGUGCUAAAGUUGCAUUGGCUUACCUCUUGACUAAGCUGAACAAACGUGGAACUUCUCUCAAGCAGACUACCUAGAAAACCAUGAUUUAAGUAAAUAUAUCAUUAUCAUUGUGGUGAAGAAACGCUAUGACCACACAUAGUCAUAAACUCUGGUAGAUUUUGGUCUUCAAAAUGUUGUACCACUAGCGGAAAAAUAUUGCUUUCCGGUGUUCCGUAUCAAUGUAAAAGCUCACGUUAUAAACAUACAAGCCUAAGGUUAUAUUUCUUGUAAGCUGUCUAUAAGGUUUUUAUCCUUUUUGAAAAGUUGCGUUUCUAUUUCAGUUUUUAUAAUUCCUUA